GCAUAUACAAGUCUUUGGCAUAUACAUAAUAUGGAAGUUGACCGAGGUUACCCAUGAAGGGUAAUUAAUAGUUGAGCAAUUGGGAACAUAAGUAUCAUUUAACGAUUUGUUUGUUUAUUAGAAAAGUGUAAACAUGUUUGUGUGAAUUUUCGGUCAAUGAUUCUAUAUGUUUGGGUAACAGCACCGGGAUGCAGUGCCCAGGCGUGCCCGCGAUGCAGCGCGACCAGUUCUCGCUGGGAACUCGCGCCUGCGAGGGCCGCUCCCAGCCCGGCACGGACCGCCUCUUCUCGCAUCACAAGCACGCGUCGCACGUGAUGGCCAGCCUCGGCGCGCUGCGCGAAGACGCGCGCUUCUGCGACGUGGAGCUGGUGGCGCAAGGCACGGCCGUGAAGGCCCACCGCGCAGUGCUGUGUGCCAGCAGUCCGUACUUCCACGCCAUGUUCACGGCCGGACUGUCGGAGGAGCAAAAAGACACGGUCGAGCUGCAUGCUGUGUCGGCCAGCAGUUUGAAGAGCCUGGUGGAGUUUAUUUAUACUGGCGAGACCGUCAUCAACCAGGACAACGUGCAGGAGCUGAUGGUUGCGGCAGACAUGCUGCAACUGCGGGAGGUCGUGCUGGGCUGCUGCGAGUACCUGCGGCAGGAGUUGCACUGCUCCAAUGCGCUUGGCAUAUUCAGGUUUGCAGAGGCCCACAACUUCACAGAGCUGGCGAGUGAGGCGGAGGCCUUCAUCCGCACCCAUUUCCCAGGCGUCAGCGGGGAGCAGGAGUUCCUUGACCUGCCCAGGGAUCUGGUCGUCAGGUUCCUGGAGUGCGAACACUUGCGAGUGGACUCUGAGUCGCAGGUGUUCAGGGCCGCGCUACGCUGGCUUCUGCAUGACGUGAGCCAGCGACGAGGCUUUGUGUUCCACAUCUUGCCUCUGGUGCGACUGCCACUGCUGUCGAUGCGAGAGCUGGAACAAGCCAUCGACUCGUGCCAGGACGAGAGCCUGAAGGUGGCCUUGAGCUCCGCUCGUAAGAACAUACUCUCGAAGGGCAGCCCGCUGAACUGGAGCGUGGAGCCGCGUCUGGGAGCCAGGAGGGACAUCUUCGUGAUAGGCGGAUCGAAGCGCGAGCUGGUGAGAUCGUGGACACGCUCUUGCGAGUGCACCUUCGACUCGGUGGAGCGGUUCGACCCGUACCGGCGCAAGUGGCACGGCGCUGCGCCGAUGGGCGUGGGGCGCAUCCUGCCCGGCGUGGCGCUGCUGCGGGGGAACAUCUUCGCGGUGGGAGGGGAGCUGGACAGCCAGAUCCUGGCGGACGUGGAGAGCUACAGUCCACGCGAGGACCGGUGGACGCGGGUGGCCAGCAUGGUGGUGCCACGCUGCGAGUUCGGGCUGUGUGCGUUGGAGGACAGACUGUACGCACUGGGGGGCUGGGUGGGCGAGGACAUAGGGGCGUCCAUCGAGCAGUACGACCCCUGCCUGGACGAGUGGACGCUGCAGAGCUCUAUGCCUGAGCCGCGGUUCAGCAUGGGUGUCGUCUCUCACCAAGGGCUGAUCUACGUGGUGGGCGGCUGCACGCACGCGCACAGGCAGAUGCAAGACCUGCUGAGCUUCAACCCGGUGACAGGAGAGUGGACGACGCUGGCGCCCAUGACGGUGUCACGCAGCCAGAUGGGCGUUGCUGUGCUGCACGACCACCUGUACGUGGUGGGGGGCCACCGCAACCACCACGAGGUGCUCCAGUGUGUGGAGCGCUACUCCUUUCACCAGAACAAGUGGAGCGAGGUGCCGCCCAUGAAGGUGCCACGAGCCAGCCCCGCGGUGGCGGCGGUGGAUGGUCUGCUCUACGUCAUCGGCGGGGACCAGAACCACGACAUCAACUUGUACCGCGCGCACGUCACGGUCGACACCGUCGAGUGCUACGACCCCGCCACGCAGACCUGGGACACGUGUCCUCCACUUCCAGAGAGUCGUAGCGAGGCGGGCGCGGUGGUGGUCUGACGCCUAGCGUCUAGGUUUUUGUUGCACUGUCGUUUUAAUUGGUUUAAUUUUUAUAAAAAAUAAUUUGCAUGAACUCUGAAACUGGGUGUGACUGCAGUUAUCUUCUCAAUCCAGUCUCAGCUCAUGUGUGGCUAAUGUUUGUGAAUGUCAAUGUGGCCACUUUGUGCAUAUACAUGUUCUGCCAUUAUCCCAGAAUAAGAGCAAAUGCAGUCUGGAACAAGCCAACUAACAGUUUUAUAGACAAAAAUAUGUAGCAAUAUUAAUAUUUGUUUUGUAACCAUGUUUCAUUUUGUCGCUUUGUAUUUUAGUUAGGCUGUGAGUCAGAUAUGCUAUUUUAUUUACGUUGUAAUAUAGCAUGUACCUGUUAAGCUUGUAAAUAUAUUAUAGUUACUUA